ACGAGAAGUUUUAAAACUACGAUUUUCCUCUCCAACCUCUCCAGUUGUCUGAUAGAGUUUAAUUAUCCACGUGCUGAAUAAAAAAACAAUGCAGUAAUGAAGGUUAAAACAUUAACAAGAAAUCCUGAUUUUUAUAUAAGGGAAACAAAACGUGAUAUUCAUAAAGUUAACAGGAAUUAUGAUCCUUCGUUACAUUUAUUUCAACAUGAAAGAGAAUACACGAGAGCACUUAAUUCAGUGAAAUUGGAACGAGUAUUUGCUAAACCUUUCAUAGGCAAUUUAAAUGGCCAUAAAGAUUCAGUAUCAUCUUUAUGUAAACAUCCAAUUCAUUUAUCAAUUUUAAUAAGCGGCGCAUACGAUGGUGAAGUACGUGUAUGGAAUUUACCAACACGUGAGUGUACACGUUCAUUUUUAGCUCACGAUGGAAUUGUUCGUGGAAUAACACAAACUACUACUGAGGAUCAUUUUAUAACGAUAGGCGAUGAUAAAAUUAUUAAAACAUGGAAUUUAGAAAAUAAUUCCAACAAUGAAGACGAGGGAACAACACCAAUUAAUACCGUUCUAAGUGAAACAGUAUUAACUUCUAUAUCACAUCAUCGUAUAAAAAAUCAAUUUGCAACUUGCGGUGAAGUGUGUCAUCUUUGGGAUUCAAGUAAAAGUAAACCGAUUAAAACUUUUAAAUGGGGUGUAGACAGUUUACAUGAUGUUAAAUUUAAUCCUGUUCAAACAAAUUUAAUGGCUGUCUGCUCAUCUGAUCGAGGUAUAAUUUUAUAUGAUACAAGAGAAAAAGGACCAUUACGUAAAGUAAUUAUGUCGUUGCGUUCGAAUAAACUUUGUUGGAAUCCAAUGGAGGCAUUUACAUUUACAUGUGCUAAUGAAGAUUACAAUUUAUACACAUUUGACAUGAGAAAUUUGAAAACACCAGUAAAUGUACACAUGGAUCAUGUUGAAGCCGUGAUGGAUGUUGAUUAUAGUCCAACUGGAAAAGAAAUUGUUUCAGGAAGUUAUGAUAAAUCAAUUCGUAUUUUUGAAGUGAAUAAAGGCCGAUCGAGAGAAGUUUAUCAUACAAAACGUAUGCAAAGACUUUCAAAUAUUGCAUGGUCUCUUGAUAAUAAAUACAUAUUAAGUGGAAGUGACGAAAUGAAUAUUCGAGUUUGGAAGGCUCGAUCAUCAGAGAAAUUAGGAGUGUUAAAACCAAGAGAGAAAUUAUCAUUGCAAUAUAGUGAAACUCUUAAGGCUAAAUAUAUAUCACAUCCUCAAAUACGACGAAUCGCUCGUCAUAGACAAGUGCCAAAACACAUUUACAAUGCACAAGCUGAGGUUCGAAAAUCUCGAGAAAAAAUUGCACGCAAGGAUUCUAAUAGAAGAGUUCACUCGAAGAAAGGUAAAGUACCAUUUGUGGCAGAACGACAAAAACACAUGGUUAAAGAAGAAGAAUAAAUCAAAAGUGUUUCCAUUUGAGAAGUGUAAAAUUCUCAUUGUUAGAUAUUGUAAAAAUAUGACAUAUGUAGUAGAUAUUUUCCUUUAUAUUAUCUACAACAAUAACAACAAGAGUGAUAUUUGAAAAAAAAUUAGGUAUAAAUUUUUGAAAAAUUAUUGUCAUAUUAAUUGAGAAAGAUAUAUUUUUGUCUACAGAAAUUUACUUUGUCAAAUAAAUAAGUUAUAUAUUAAAUAA